AUGUCACAAGCAACAUCAGACCUUCAUCGCAAGCGUCAGCGGUCUCCAAGAAGCAAUCGCGCACGCGACAUCGAUCAACUUCACCCUGCUGUUGAAGAGCUUAUCGCGCAGGCGGACACCAAUAUUGAAGACACAGAUGAGAGGGACUCUGACAGCAACAACGACGAUGAGACAAAGGACGAGGAGGUUGAAGAUGACGUUGGUAACAGGAGAGAGACUGCAAGGGAGGGAACGAGCGACGGGACAGUUCGUCGUACACCGCAGCCUCGAGCAACUACAUUCAACGGUUUCAAGGACCCUGCUCAUGAGCUUUUGCUACUAAAGGCUUUGGAUGCGGUCAGGCCGUUCGGUAUCCAACACGGACAAACACGAGCUGCUUGGUCGAGAGUUGUUCAGUAUCUGAAGGAUUAUGAUGACAAGGAACGAGCCGAAGGUCGCCCAACAGUGUUCGACGACGUCAAUCCCUGUGUAUGUCAAGCCAGAUGGAAAAACUUGUCGAGCGAAUAUGCUGAGCACGAGGCCGCUAUGCUGAGAGCUACUGGAGUCAAUCCACAGAUAGCCGACCGACUGAAGUACAUGCAGCCCGUGUACGAGUUUGAACAGGCCUGCAGGAAGACAGCCGAUGAUAACAAGGACAAAAGACAUCGCAAGAAGGCGCGGACAGAGAGUAACCGAGUGGAAGGCAACUGGACAUGA